AAACUUUUGCAAAUGAUUUGAAGUUAUUGAAAAAAUAUAUAUAGUAUUUUGAAUAGUUUGCAAGAAAAUUUUAUAGUAAACCAUUUAUGGGUUUGACCAGUUUUAAGUAAAUCAUUAACGUGUUAGACAUAAACUAGGAAAAAUAUCCCAUCAGUCAAUAAAGAAAUUAAAGACCAACAAAGAUUACCAAAAUAGCCUUCUCCUUAAAUUGACUAAAAUACCCCUCCGUCUUCAACCUCUAUGACCCUAUUUAAAUCAGCUAAAACUCAACAGCCCAAUUCAACACAGAGCUGACGUUAGCAAUUGUCUCUGAAAUCCAGAUCCGAAAACCCAACAAUGGCGUCAGAGAACAACGGACCCAGAUCCGAAUCCGAAUCCAUCACCAAAGCUGAUUCCACCGUCGUUGAAAUGCCGCCAUCGCAACCUAGGAAGAUAGCUCUGAUCACCGGAAUCACCGGCCAAGACGGAUCGUAUCUGACGGAGUUCCUUCUCGGAAAAGGCUACGAAGUUCACGGUCUGAUCCGUCGAUCAUCGAAUUUCAACACUCAGCGACUCAACCAUAUCUACAUCGAUCCUCACAAUGUCAACAAAGCUCUGAUGAAGCUCCACUACGCCGAUCUCACCGACGCUUCCUCUCUCCGCCGUUGGCUCGAUGUGAUCAAGCCUGACGAAGUCUAUAACCUAGCCGCUCAAUCUCACGUCGCUGUCUCCUUCGAGAUCCCUGAUUACACAGCCGAUGUAGUCGCAACCGGCGCUCUCCGUCUCCUUGAAGCCGUCAGAUCUCACACCAUCGACAGUGGCCGGACCGUCAAGUAUUACCAAGCUGGAUCUUCGGAGAUGUUUGGGUCAACUCCUCCUCCACAAUCGGAGACGACGCCGUUUCAUCCCAGAUCUCCUUACGCAGCUUCCAAAUGCGCUGCUCAUUGGUACACAGUGAAUUACCGAGAAGCGUACGGUCUCUUCGCAUGUAACGGAAUCUUGUUCAACCACGAGUCACCUCGCCGUGGUGAGAAUUUCGUGACGAGGAAGAUCACAAGAGCAUUGGGACGGAUCAAGGUUGGUUUGCAGACGAAGCUCUUCCUGGGGAAUUUGCAAGCAUCAAGAGAUUGGGGAUUUGCAGGAGACUAUGUGGAAGCAAUGUGGUUGAUGUUGCAGCAAGAGAAGCCAGAUGAUUACGUUGUUGCAACAGAGGAAGCACAUACAGUGGAAGAGUUUCUUGAUGUGUCAUUUGGGUAUUUGGGACUCGAUUGGAAGAAUCAUGUUGAGAUUGACCCGAGGUACUUUAGGCCAUCUGAAGUAGAUAACCUUCAAGGAGAUGCAAGCAAGGCAAAGGAAGUGUUGGGAUGGAAACCAAAAGUAGGGUUUGAGACGCUGGUGAAGAUGAUGGUUGAUGAAGAUCUUGCGCUUGCUAAUAGGGAGAAACUGCUUGUUGAUGCUGGUUACAUGGAUGCUAAGCAGCAACCAUGAUUUGAUCUAGUAUACAGAGAGGGAGUUACAUUUAUCUGCUUUUAUAGAGUUUAAAAUUUCGUUUCCUUUUUUUUUGUUGCUUUGAUGGUUGUUUUGUUGUCUUUUUAUGUGUUAGUUUCUUUGUUGCUUUUUAAGUUAUCUAAAUUGUUUCCCUCCAGUGUGUUGAGGAUGAAAGCGCAGUGAAUUUUGUAUGAAAGGGCAAAAAGAAGCAUAUAAAACAGUAUCACCUCUGUUCUUUUUUUAUUCA